UCCAGCAUAUAUUGGAACAUAUCAACUGCAUCGUUGCUCACAUCAUGAAAACAACCAAACGGCCCAAAAUCUUUUAAAUCCUAUUAUUGCUACACUUAACUCUACAACUAAUCAUGUAGAUUACCUUCUCAAGUGUAUCCAAAGCGACGAAAGAUCGCUAACACAUUAUCUAGUACUUAAAACAUUGCUUGAGGAUUCUUCGGAUUCAUUACCCACUGGUACAUUACGUAAAGUAAUAAAAGUACUCCGUGACCAAUCAAUUUAUGAAGAUCAUGAUGAAAGCACAACUAUCAUGCUAGAAUUAAAUUUACGUGCUUUAUUGGCAGCUAUUUAUAAGUACAGUUCAUUAGCGGUACCCAUUCACAAGUUUAAUGAAGAGCUCUUUGGUGAGCUAAUAAAUUUUGCAAAGUUUCAUAUUACUAACUCAAAUGAUGCUAUUCCAAAAAUAAUGAAGAAAGUAGGUUCACAGCAAACGCCUAGUUUUUUUGCUGGGUUUGACAUAAAUGAUUUGGGUAUCCACGAUAAGAAACUUUUGAGAAAUUACAACGUUGAUUUCCUGUUAACAUUGCUUCGAGAUAUGAUUCAUGAUAUGGAAGACGACAAUACUACAGCUUCUGAAGUAUUACGACGGACACAAAAAGCAGCUACGUUGACCAUAAAUAGUGCCACCUCUAAACUUAUUCAAACCAAAUUAUUUGCUUCUAGUGUUGAUGAAACUGGCUUAAUUGAACAAUUACGUCAAAUAUUUAGCUUUAAGUAUCCAAAAUGCUCUUGGUAUCCUAAAUUGAAAAACUUAAUAAAGAAAAAAGAUAAUUUAUUCAAGUUAGCAUUGGAUAAUGCUGAUAGAGAAAUUCAAGAACGAGAACUAGUUGAAGAGCUUUGGUUUCAUGCAUCAGUAGAAUGGUCAAUUCAACGCCAAGAUUCAAAUUAUGAAUCAAAAGAAGCUUAUGAUACAACCGCACAAAAUAUCAAUUCAUUUCUUGGAAAUGAACCAUUAGCGCGUGAUAAAUCUUUUUGGUUUGGAAUUCUCGACAUUGCUCAAGAGCUAGCAAUCAGAUCGAAAUCAUUCAAGACUUUAAGUUACAUUUAUUAUUUAGCUCUGCAAUCAUUACAACGUGCACGUGGAAAUUAUAUCCGCUCGAAAGCAAUUGAACUUUUAAUUACCCUUGCUACAAGACACUCAAUGUACAUAUCAGAAUUCAAAGUAAAUUUCGUAGAAUUUUUAGUUGGUUUAAACAACCACGGGCCAUAUGAACGGGAAAAAUGUCAGAAGCUUUUCAAUAUAACCAUUCGGAGAUUCUAUUUAUAUAGGUAUAUGACUGACGAUUAUAUUAAAAAGUAUUAUAAUACUGUAUACCAGUCAGAAGCAGGUAAUUCCUUUACUUCGAAUCUCAGUGCAAAAGAGACUGUCCCAUUGGAUAUUAUUGCAAAUGAACUAGUAUGUCCGAUUACUAAUGAUUAUAAUAAAGCUUUCAAAAAAUUGCCAUGUAGACACUACCUUAGUGAAAUAGGAAUCAAAGGGUGGGCCGAAGAGUGUAAAAGCAAUAAUAAGCUCUUUUCCUGUUGUAUUUGUCGUGCUGAGUUCCAGGAUAAAGAAGUUAAAGAUGCACCAUUAUCUACCUUAUACCGUGACAUGUAUAAUCACUUAGAUUCUAUAGGUUAUUUGUUCAAGCAAGAAACUAUAACCGCAUUUCUUCCACCUGAAGUUAUCAUCGGUGUCCAACAAAAUUCUAGAACUAAGAUAAAAGUUCUUGGAUUAAUCAAAAAACGUAGUUUAGCAUAUAAGCAAGCAAAAGCAUCUUUAAAAAACGAAGAUUAUGUGUUGGCCAUUUAUUGGCUUAACAACAUUCUUGAAACCUGGCCGGAUAGUUAUAGCAUACGCUGCAAACGAGCAUGGGCAUUACAACAAGUCGGGGAUCUUUAUCAAGCAAUCUCGGAUUUGAAUAUUGCUGCUCAUUUAAAACCUUCAAAAACAAAUGCUUGGAAUCUUCUUGCUAGUGUAUAUAUUCAAAUGGGUGUUCCUAAAUUGGCACUUCGCCAUAUAUCCCAGGCCCUUGAGCUCGAUCAAGGAAAUCCACAAUUUUUAUUAAUGCGUAGUACAAUAUAUAAAAGAUUACAUCAGCAUGAACAUGCGUUACGUGAUUUGGAUAUUAUUUUGUUUUCUCAAUCAACGAGCUCGUCUCGGUUAAAGCCAUUAAUUGCAAUGUUAAAAUUUAAAAAUUCAAGCAAAUUAUAUGAUCAAAAUAAUUAUACUUUAGCCAAAAAUGACCUGAAAACGCUUUUAAAUUGGGAAAGUGAUCAUUUAGAAGGACUUAAAUUACGUGGAAGGAUUCAUAAUGAUACAUAUCAAUACUUCUCGGCUAUAUCGGAUUUUGACAAUUUACAGGAGUUCAAUCCAAAGGAUACAGAAGUAUUAUAUUAUAGAGCAUUGGUUUACGUAAAAAUUGGCAAAUAUGAAGGGGCUAGCGGAUACGAAAGUGCAUUAGAUUAUUGGUAUGCCGCAUACAUUGUUGAAGGUCAGAAUAUGGGUUAUCAUCAUCUACAAAUUUGGAUAUACUUUCGUUUAUUUAAUUACAGGGAUGCAAUUUCUAUUCUUAGUGAUAUUAUUGAAUAUUACUAUGAAGAAGUUAUUAAUGGAAACAGAUUCUAUAUUGAUUUUAUUGUAUUACGGGGAUUUCUCUAUAGCAUUUUGGAAGAUAAAGAAGAGAAUGCUUUAAAUGACUUUCAGAUAAUAUUAGAAGUCGAUUCAGAAAAUGCAGAAGCAUUAGCAUGCCGUGGUAAUCUUUACACUAGGCUUAAGAACUUUGAAAUGGCAAAGGAAGAUCUUAAUGCCGCAAUAGAGAUUAACCUAAAAUAUGGAGAAGCGGUCAUAGAAGUAUUCCAAUAUCGUGCAUAUUUGUAUUAUAAGACGGGAGAUUAUGAAAAUUCUUUAAAAGAUUUGGAUACAUCAGAUAAUUUGUGUUCUGAAAUGAGUAGUAUGGUAUCGUCGAAAAAAAAUUAUAGCAGAGUAUCUCAUCUUUAUCGGGGAAUCAUUUACCAUAAACUUGGGAAAUAUGAAAAUGCAUUAGAAAAUUUAGACAAAUCAAUAGAAAUUUUGCAGGACAAAAUGACUAUGAUUCCACUUGUCGAACGUGCGUUUGUAUAUUAUUCAGUCAGCCGAUUCGAGGGUGCAUUAAUGGAUUUAAAAAAAGCAUUAAUAGUUGAGCCAAAAAAUGUUUACAUGUCAAAAGCCAUGUCUGAUGGAAUUCGUCUUUAUGGAAUUAUGUAUCGUUUAGAUCCUUGUAUGAAAACAAAACUUAAUUGGUUAGAUCUCAGAAACCCAGAUCCACAAAUGCCACUUUCAACUUUGAAACGUCUUAAAGAGGAAACCUCGUUCCAAGACGACACAAAUGAUAUAUUUGAUUAUGAUUAUGAUAUUGAAAAAAAUCCAAAAGCACUAGAAGAGUUUUUUCAACAAUUUGAACUACUGCUUUCAAAGACUAAAAAAACCGAUUCGAUAAGUGACGACGACAGUGACUCAUUCGACCUAAAUUGUGAUAGUGACUCACUCGACAUAAAAUACGAUAGCAAUGAUGAACCUGAUUUUACUAAUGAUAACACGCUUAAAAAAUUCGAUCCGAUGAAUGACAAAGAUAGUAUAGAACAUGACUUAACCGAUGAUAAUAAUAAUGAACCAAACUUAAUCGAUAGAGAUAAUAUAUUGCCUGUUGAAUUUCUAGAUACGGCUAAAGAAGUUAUUGAAGACGAGAUAAUGGCAGAAUCAGGGCAAGUUUAUAAAGCACUAAAUAAAGAAAAUGAGGUUGACCGAUAUGAAGAGUCUACAAUAAAUGAAAAAAGUAGUUUUCGCCUAGAAUUUACAAGUACACCCGAUAAGUUCGAUGUAUUAGAUGCUGCAAGACUAGAAAAAGGUUAUCUUGAUCAAAAAUUAUUUGACAUGGCAAUGGAUUUGUUUGAAAAAGACGAUAACCAUAUGUGUAAAGAAAUCUACAGAGGAUUGCUGCUAAUAAAGGAAAAAUAUUCUCAAAUUCUAAUAACUCGAAAAGAAUCUGCAAAUAAUGUUUAA